ACACGUGUCGUAUAUCGCGAUCGAUAUAGCGUGCAGUGCGCGCGAUGUGUGUGUGUUUGCCGAACGUCGUCAGCCGUUAGCCGUUUCGACGUCGAACGUAAACAUAACAUAACCUGACAUAACCUCGUCUCGCGAGGUUGCUACGUCGUUUCUAAUUCGUCUCAGGUCGUUUCGUGUUGAUUAAUAACAAGUCCCUCUUCAUCACGAAUUCGAUGUUGUAAUCACGGCACGAGGACAGAGAAAGAAAGCCCGUUGAUCAAGUGUUAGGUCAGGUUUAACUAGGCGUCUCUAUAUCAGGGAGCUGUAUUUUUUGACGCACCCCUUAACAUGGACGACGAGGAGUGUUUUCAGCCAAUUUUGACCUCUCAGGAGGAGGAUAAUUUUCAGCCAUUAAAAACCGUGCCAGUCGCAUCGAUUCCACUUUUCCUCGGAGUCUCUUUGGGAAUCACUGGAAUUGUCUUUGUGUCCCUUUGGCCAGAAGAACAGGACAAGUGUGACACAUAUUUCAUAUAUCUGUAUCUUCAUUGUAUCUAUUGGCUGAUAGUAAUGGUAUCAGACCAUGUCCUUAAGAUGAGGCAUCACAAAUUACGCAUUAACGGUUACUUAGACUUUUAUCAAGCAACAUAUCAACAAAUAAGGACGCCCUUGUUCAUCACGUCGUUGUGGAAUACGUGCUACUUGCUCUUAGCCGUGAUUCUACACCAUACACACAAAGUCGACUACGAGGAGUAUUGUAGAGCAUCGGAGUGGUUAACUCCACUUAACUACAUUUUUCUGCUAACUACUGUGGAACUCGUGAUAAUUGUGCCAGUUUACAUUAACUAUAUCAAGAGGGUUAUGAAAUUUAAUCGAUUACGUCCACCGGCCGAUGUCAGUCGCGAGGAAUGGCUAUCGUCCUUCACUCGGGAUUCCUAUGCUGGAAGUAGCGAGAUUGGUUAUCAUCCGAGAGGGUCGAAUUUGGAAGAACUGCUAGAAAAGCAGGCGGAUUUGAUCAGAUAUCUGAGGGAUCAUAACGUACAGUUAAGUCAUAGAAUAAUGUUGCUAGUGUCUCAACGCAGAGAGACUGAGCCGUGAAAUAUAAUAAAUAUUGAUCUUAUUACAUAUCCUUCUUACAAAUUGACAAGACACUUAAAUUAAUUGUUGUUAAUCGUUACCGUAAUCUUGGUCGAAGCUUUGCCAAAAAUGUCAUUCUUUAACAGUCACACGCGACACAUCUGGAGUUGGAACGAAAUUCUUUUUGAUAUAAUUUUGUGUAUGAAUCAAACAUAUGAUUAAUAAUAUAUAUUAAUAAUUUAUU